GGUGGUCUUCCAGCCUCGAUGGGCCAUCGCCAUCAGCCGCCUCUUCCAGCCAGCAGUGUUGUUCGAAGUUGACACCAAAGAGAAAAUCGUCGGCCUCACAAUCGACGAUGGCCCUAAUGGGAAAUUCACCUGCGAGACUCUGGAUAUUCUCAAGGAGCACGGGUGUUCAGCCACCUUCUUUCUUAUCGGGUCUAACAUUGAUAAAUACCCUGACCUCGUGGAGCGCAUGGUGCAAGAUGGGCAUGAAGUGGCGAAUCACAUGAUGGCGGACUAUCCAGGCUGCCUGCUCUCCACCAAGCAGUUCAUGGCAUCCAUGCUCGAAGUGGACGCCAAGCUCCACCGCUUCUUCCCUCUUGACUCCCAUGGCCGUCAAAUCAAGUGGUUCAGACCGGGCUAUGGCUUUGCCACGCCACACAUGCAGCACAGGGCGCGCAACCACGGGUACAGGCUCGCCCUGGGCUCUGUGUUCCCCCUGGAUCCGCUUUUUAAGGGGCGCGGGGCCAUCCUUGCGUGCUUCUGCCUGUGGAAGGUGGGUGCAGCGUUUCUUACUUGUGGCUUAUACCUGCUCUUCAAGAGCUUGGAGGCUUCCUUGCCCGCUUCUGCCUGUGGAAGGGCCCAUCAUUAUCUGAAAACUCCCACAUACACUCCCACUCCAUCCAUCGAUUCCCUCCUCCUUCCUCCCAUGCAGAUCUCGCCUCCUCCCACUUCCGAGCCUCCCUCGCCCCCUUCCGGCUCGAAAAACUCCCCUCCGGCAAAAGCCGCUUCAGCCAAAUCAUUACCGCUUACAACCGCACUUACCACGUCUGGUAUUAACACUCCUUCCGCCACCCCUCGGCGGGGGGAGCGCAUGGGUCCUCCUCCCGCGAAGCGUCCGCGUCCUCGCCGCGCGCCAGUUGUUCUUGACGAGGACACUUAUAUCGAAGCAAUCGAGCGGAUCGUUCAGCGGGAUUACUUUCCGGAUCUUCCGCGGCUCCAGAACCGGCUGGAGUGGUUGGAAGCGGUGCGAUCCGGUGAUCCUGUGCUGAUUCGCGAGGCGCAGGUGAAUAUUUUACGAAGACGCGCGGAAGCUUCUGCUGCUGCUGGUGGAGGGUCGAGCCGCGGGAGCGAGGGACGGAGUGACUUACGUAGUGGAUUAAGGAGCGGUCGAGGCGGUUCCACCCUAUCGACUCCCGCGCUUUCCGCGGGCGCGCCUAGUCCCGCGCCUAGCCUCUUAUCCGAAGGCGAUCUAAGGACGUCGGAGUGGGAUAGAGAUGAGGAGAGACUAACAGGACGAAGGAUAGGUAGCAGGGGGAGAGUAGAGGGUGAUGCAGCAGCAGCAGCGGCGGCGGCAACGGGGAUGGAAGGAGAGGGGGGGAUCGGAGAGGGAGAGGGGGGCGGAGGACCCGAUACAAGCCUGUCGCUUGACGAAUUCGUUAAGAGGUACACCAGCGAGGAUAACGCUUCGUUUGUGGAGAUUAAGAAGAAGGAUAAUAAGCGGCGUAUGGCUAAGGUGUCACACCUGCUGGCUUUGGAACAAGGACCAGGGGGAGGAGCGGAAGGGGGGAAAGGGGGUGAAGGCGGGGAAGGGGGAAAGAUUGGUAUGGGGCAGACAGGGGUGAAGCAGCUGACUGGCUCAGGAGAAGCGGUGAAGCUUAUAACGGGGACGGGUGAGAACGAGGAUCGGAAAACGGAUGGGUUUGGGUCGUCGGGGCAAACGACCAGUACACUAGAAACGUGGAAAUACACUGCGCGUAAUGCGCUAAUGUAUCCACCUGCUUGUAGAGAGGAUGCCCCUUUUUCCGUGAGAGAAAAGGAGCUUCGAUCAGCAGGACCACCUAAGGAAGUCCAUAAAGCGAACACGAGGUUUCACGGUAGUGUUACGGGUGGUGGUAACCAGACGGCGCAGCAGCAGAAGCAGCCUCCAGAGGAAAUAGCUGCGACUCUGUUCACGCCGUUACCGGGGGGAACUCCCCUGCCUUACAUAGACCCUUCGGGGGAACGCGAUGGGAGGAAAAGAUACGAUUUGGAGGAUUUGAGGAGAACACCUGUAGGAGCGGGGAUAGCAGGAGGAGCAGGAGGAGCAGGAGGGGCAGGAGGGGCAGGAGGGGCAGGAGGAGGAGUGGGAAGAGGAGGAGACGGGAGAGGUCAGCAGCAGUCAGAAUACGACUAUGUAGCAACACCAUCUCCUGCUCCUGGCGUUGAUGCUUCCCCGUUCAUGACCUGGGGAGAGCUAGAUGGCACGCCUCUGCGUUUAGACGCUGAGGACACUCCAGUGGGGUUCAAUGAGGUGGGAGGGGUGGGUGCUGGGGGCCCUCAAUUCACCAUGGCUGCUGCUCCAGCGAGGGACGAAGCAGGGGUGCAGCUGUCUAGGUCCGCGGGAAGGAGCAUUCGAGAGAGGCGGCUGCGCGCUGCUGGGUUGACGCCGGUGCGAGGGGUUGGAGGAGCAGGGGGAGGGGGAGGGGGAGGAGGAGGAGGGAUGAUGUCUCCUUUUGUGUCUCCUGGGUUGAAAGGGACGCCUGGUGGUGGUGCUGCUGGGAUGGGCGCGUGGGGAGGGCAGAGUCAAUUGGUAAGCGGAGGAGGGGGGUUAGGAGGGCCGUCGGGAGGGGGAUUAUCGGCAGCAGCACAGAAGCUGGUGUCUCGGGCUAUGAAGCGGAGUAAAGUGAUUGUUGAUCCGAAGCUGAGAGCGAGUUACUCUGCUUCUCCUGCCGGGACUGGGAGUGUGGGGAGGGAUGGGAGGAGCAGGAGUAGGAGCAGGAGCAGGAGUGUUGUGGGGACUCCGGAGCAGAGGAGAGGGGGGUUGGGGACGCCUGGGUCUGUUGCUGCUGGUGGUGGUGCUGACUCGCCUGUUGUAAUUCGGUCGCUGAGAGGGACUGUUCUGAAUCCCAUCGCUGCCACGCCGCCACCAUCAAUGCUGCAGAAGAAAUGA